AUGUUUCGACGUUUAUUUGGCGAUUCGAAACCAAGAGAGAACCGUGACGAUGUACGUCGAACAAUCGAACAGUUGAAACAAAGUGAAGAUUUAUUGAAUAAAAAGAUCGAGAAAUUCGACGAAGAAAUACUCGAUAUUCAAAACAAAGCUCGACAAUGUCUAAACAAACCAAAUCCCGAUCGUCCAGGAGCGAUUCGUUUAAUCAAACGACGCAAACAAUUAGAAGUUCAACGUGAUAAACUCUAUCAAAUGAAAGAAAAUCUCGAAUUAGUUAACGAACAAGUUCAAACUUCGCAUUUCAAUCGACAAGUGACGGAAAGUUUGAAUAUCGGUCAACAACAUUUGAAACGUUCGCAAAAGGCGAUGCCAACGAAGAAAAUCGAAGAAAUUCUCGAUAAUAUCACCGAACAAAUGGACGUUUCCAAUGAAAUUAAUCAGUUAUUAUCCAUUCCCAUCGCAACAACGGAUACACUGACAAAUGACAUCGAUCUUGACAAAGAAUUAAAUCUUUUAGAGAACGAAAGUCUUCAUCUCCCUUCCGCACAUUCCGAAACGAUUCAAUUACCUGAAACACGUGAAAAAUCAUCGGUUGACAAACAAUUAGAUGAAUUACAACGACUUGUUACAGGAUAG